AUGGCUAGAAAAAGAAAAGCUACUGAGGUAAUCAAGAAUGAUCAAGAAAAGCUCAGCCCUGAUGAAAAAAAUCCAGCUGCCUGGGAUGAGAUGAUGAAGGAGGCGGCCGCUGCCGUCGCCCUUGGCGGAGUCAGGCCGGCGAGGAAGAGAUUUGUAGGGGUUCGGCAACGCCCGUCAGGGCGAUGGGUGGCGGAGAUAAAGGACACUAUACAGAAGAUUAGAGUGUGGCUCGGGACAUUCGACACAGCCGAGGAAGCUGCCAGGGCAUACGACGAGGCAGCCUGUUUGCUCCGUGGGGCAAAUACAAGAACUAAUUUCUGGCCCUGUUUGUCGAACUCGCCCUCCACACCUGCCCUACCGUCCAAGAUCACGAAUCUUCUUCUCGACAGGAUUAAGGCAAGGAAUAAUGCUUUGAUCGUCGCUAGUUCGAAUUCCAGGUGGGAUUCUUCAUCAUCUUCCUCUGCAUCUUCCAUGGCGGCGGCGCCUGUUGAUCAGAAACAGGUGGCGGAUGAGGUCCCUGAUUUAUCAGAAUCACAAUUCACUGAUUUCUUGAGGGAUCCUGAUGAGGAUUGUUACCUGGAAAACAACAGCCUGAUUGAGACUAAUGAGUACAGCCCAAGUUGGGACUCAUCCAUGUCAGGGAUGGAUAGUGAUUUCCAGGCCUGGGGACAAAAUCCAACUGAUUUAAUCCAGGUUUCGACCGAAGAACAGGAAGUGGAAAAUGAUCAUAUUGAGGAGGAAAAUACCAUCACAUUAGAAGCUGUGGACUUCCAUUUCCUGGACGAACUCGGGUCGUCGCCCAUUGAGUACUCGCCGUUCGACAUUGCUGAGGAGAUCUCGAAGCCAAUGGUGCAGGAAGACGAGCCGUUGAUGAUGACAGAGGCGAUGAAGAGGAUGAACUACGAGAGGAAGUUUUCUGCUUCAUUAUACGCCUUCAAUGGGAUCAACGAAUGCCUGAAGCUGAAGCUUGGGAAGAUGGCGCAGAGCGACGCGUCUGACCACCUGUCAAGGCUCAGAAAUGCCUGUCAAUUGAACCAAGAAGAAGCUGCAAUGAUGAGUGAGAAUGAAGAGCAGGAAAAGGGCAACAAUGGAGAAGAUGAGAAUGAAGAAACAUCCCUCUGGAGCUCCAUUGAUCUUCCGCCGCUAUGUUUCGUCAAUUAA